UAUGUGUUGAUUUGUUGUGAAUAUUCUCAAAGCCAAGGUUACCCGAAAAAUCCAAAUUUUGCCACAUUAAUAGGCACCGUUAAGAGACUCUAGACUUAAUACUGUACUAUAAUUACACAAUGUGAAAAUAUGUUAUCAAUGACAUUCUGUUCUCUGAUCAGUUACCUGAUAAAUUCUCUCAUUGUCUUAGAUGACAUAGACAGUCCAUCAAAAAAGAAAAUUAAGGAGAAAACAGAAAGGAAGAAAAAGAAGAAAUUUGAAGAUGAGGAAGAGAAAAAGUCAUUGUCAAGUGCAAGUGCUCACAAGGAGAAAAAAACAAAGAAAAAGAAGCCAGAUUGUGACAAGAUGGGACCAACAGAUUUGUAUGUGAAGAAACAUGGUAAUAAGAAGCUUAAGGCUGGCCACAUGAAACCAGUGACUGAUGCAUUGAUUGUUGUUGAUAAUACCUCUGAUAUGCCUGUCCCAGAGUUGGAAAUUCUUGGUGAUUCAACAGAUUGCACAAUCACCAAGAGAUGCAAAAAAAACAUAGAAUAUGGUUAUUUUGAUGAAGACAGUGAGGACAUUGACAACCAAGAUGCUAUGGAGGACAGUUUUGACGACUCAACCCAAGAUCCAGAUUACUCCACUGAGUCUUCAGAUGAAAGCAUUGCUCACUCUGAUAAUGUUGAAGCAGGAUAUGUGUCCGAUUCUUCUUCCAACAUGUCUGACACAGUUCCACUUGUGGAUACAUUACCUGUUUUAAGUAACACCAAAUGUUGUUCAGAAAUCAACCUAUCACAAACAGAAAAGAAGCCUGCAAUCAGUAUACAAACAAGCAGCAACACGAAAGUUCAACGAGUUUGGGAUAAAGUACACUAUUGUUUUUUUUGUGAGAUAAGUUCAACUAACAUUUCGAAACACUACUUGGGACCUCAUCAAAGUGAAGCAGAAGUGCAAAAAAUUCUGUCAUAUCCAAAGAAAUCAGAGGCAAGAAGACUUGAAUUGCUAAAACUCAGAAAUGCUGGUGAUUACAAACACAACACAGAUAUAUUGAAGAAGGGGGAAGGGGUUUUAGUGACCUGGACACGAAGACCUGAAGAUGAAGUGUCUUCUGGAGACUUCCUGCCAUGUGAAGACUGCUUAGCAUUCUUUCUUAGAUCAAACCUGUGGAGACACCGGAAAGUAUGUCCAUUUAGAAAAGAAGGGGCAAAGUAUCGAAAAGUACAGUCGGAAGCAUCCUUCCUCUUGCCUUCUUCUCAUGAGGUCAACAAGGGCUUAGAAAUGAAUGUUCUUCGCAAAAUGAAUGCAGACGAAAUAACAAUUGCUGCAAGAAAUGACCGAAUCAUAACCAAAGUUGGAGAAAAGUUGUACCAGAAACAUGGCCAUCUUCCACAUCUUUAUUCCCAUGUUAGUCAGAAGAUGAGGGAAUUGGCAAGGUUGCUUAUAGCUGUAAGAGGCCAACAACCUGAUGUUAAUUCUCUAUCAGACUUGCUGCAUCCUGAACGAUUUAUGCUUGCCGUUAAAGCAACCAAGAUUUUGUGCAAUUUCUCAGAAGAUACAAACACAUAUGGAAAUCCAUCCCUUGCUCUAAAGAUCGGCCACUUACUGAAAAAAUGUGCAAAGAUUAAGAAAUCUUCAGCAUUGUCAUCAGGGGAUUCUGAUCUAGGGAAGAAUGCAGAUGAUUUUCUUACACUUCUUGAUGAUGAGUGGACUGACGAAAUUUCAAGUUCAGCUUUGCAAACACUCAAUACAAACAAGAUGAACAAGGGACAGCUGCUACCACUGACAGAGGACUUGAAGAAACUGCAGUGUUACUUUCAGGAAAAGAGUAAAUCCCUUUCAGCAUCUUUGCAGAAUUCAUUUUCAAAACCAGACUGGGAGCUUUUGAAUCAAUUAACAUUGGCACGGCUUGUCAUGUUUAAUAGACGGCGUGGUGGAGAGACCCAGAGGAUCACAUUAGAGGGAUAUGCAGCAAAACUGACCAAGCAUGAUUCACUUCAAGAAAUUAAAGACUCAUUAAGUCCAGUUGAAAAAAUGCUCUGUGAAACAUUUGGGCGUGUUGAAAUACGUGGGAAAAAAGGACGAACAGUACCUGUGUUACUCACUCCAGCAAUUCAGCAGAGUAUUGAUUUGCUUCUGAAAUGGAGAAAAGAAGCCCAAAUUCCUGAUGAAAACCCGUACCUGUUUGCCAGACCAAAUUAUGAUUCUCUACAACCAAUUAGGAGUUCAGAUGUGCUGAGACGAUUUGCACAUGAACCAGAAUUGGAAUUGUCUUCCCCAGAAAAUAUUACAAGUACUCAACUGCGGAAACAUGUUGCAACCGUGUCACAAGUUCCAGUUGCUGUUGCACAAGCUUCGACAAGUGGUCAGAAAGGAAAAAGGAGGAGUAUUCACCAUCUUACAGAGGAACAAACAAACACCUUGCGUAGACUCUUCAAAACCAACGUAGCAUUCAGACGAGACUUGAAAAAACAUGAGUGCCUUCAGGCAAUAAAAAAAAACCGGUGCCUCAAUGAACUGGAUUGGAAAAAAGUUAAAAAUACGGUCCAUAGCUGGAUAAUCUUGGAAAAGAAAAAGACCAUUAAACUUGCCACAGCAAAAUGCUAAUUUUCAGUUUGUAGACAUACAUUUAUGAAAGUUGUUCGUAGUAACCUAAGGCAUCAGGCAACGAUACAAUUGGUGAAAUUGUCUACAUCACAUGAGCUUGUGAAAUGGUGUAUAUUUUACUUGGUUGAGUUUACAAGGUGAGCAUUUAAGGCCAUUAUUUUGUGGUUUAAGAUCUUCAGUUUAAAAAGUUGUUGUGCAAGGUCUUUGGAGGCCUACCAGUUCUAUUCUCAUAGGAUAUCAUAUACCAUUAUGUUUACAGUCAGACAGGUGGUUUGACUUGAAUGAGUUACAAUUGUUUGGUAACUUAGGUACUAUAAUAAUGGUGUUGUGGUUCAGUUGAAUACUGCUAUAACGCGUGAAUUACAGCUAACAACACAGUAGGUCAACCUCUGAACAGGAAUUUUUCAAAGUUGCCACAAUAAAUUCCAUCAAUUAUCAUCUUUGAUGAAUAAUAAUAUUAUUCACUUCUUUUUGAAGACAACCAUUUAAUCAGAAUCAGAAUAGAAUUUUUGACUUGAAGUGACUCAUACUAGUUUUAUUGUAAUUUCUUCUAAAAACAUUUCAAUUAGAUGCACUGGUAGUUGAAUAAGAUAUAAAAAAAUUGUAACUUGUACAAGUCAUACUGAGAAUGUUAGCUGCUGUUGAAAAAUGUUUCAUUCUUUGUGCUUUAGGUAAUGGUAUUGUGUAUAAUCAUGUACGAGGUUUGCAGUUGGGUUGAUGUGUUUUAUUGUCAGUCUGAUUAAAACCAGAUCUAGAAUCGCUCUACCUUAAACUACAUCUGAAAUGACUUGCAUAAGGGGGUUUAGGUUGAUAGACCUCAUGUUUAAUGGAACCCUUAAUAUGUAGCUACAUUUGCCUGUUUUAAUAUUGAUAUUUGAAUUCUGAUGCUAAAUGAUGCUUUUGUCUUUGAACUGGAGUUCUUCGUCCAAUUUUUACUCAUUGUUUACUUUGGAACAUUGUUUUGCAUUAGGCCAUACAAAGUUCUUCGGACAAAAGAUAAUGAGGGAGGGUGGUAUUUUAUUUUUAAUAUCUUACCCUUUAAAAUUGAGAAGUGAGGAAUUAUUUUAUUUUUCUGUUUGAAGUCUGAUGAGGGAUGAAUUUAUUAGAAUUAUUUUCCUGAAAAUCAACAUAAACACUUAAUGAAUGCUUAAUAUGUUUUUGGAUUUACUUUCCUCUGAUACAUAUGCUGCAUUUUCAUUUGUUUGACAGACAUUUUAUGUUUCAUCUUCAUAGCUGUGUUGGAACACAGAAAAUACUGUAAGUGGGCCGAAAAUGGGAAUAUUUUUUUUUCUCAUGCAUUGUGUGUUUUUUUUUAUUAAUAAAGUUGGUGAUGCAGGGAAUUUUCCUGAGAAAUAAGCAAUUAACUUUGUAUGGCCUUAAAAUGCUCUACUGUCUUGCAGCCACACAAUAAAUUGUUGAUUGAUCUAUAUACUGUGUACUUAUUUUGGAUUUAUUUUAGCACCUUUAACAACAGUGCUGAUUAACAGAUCAGUGUACCGUGCUAAUAAAUCAGACUAUAUAGCUGGUUAUGAUGAGUUACCAUUACUAGUUUUGUAUCAUUCUUUGUUCUAAUUGAUGUCAUGACAAUAAGUCUGUUUUACGACAUGUCAAACUCAUGAUACCCACAUAUAAAUUUGUUCUAUGUUGACUGCUGAUUAAAUCAUUCUUGUUUGUAAUUCAUUAGUUUGCACUGAGGUUAAACUGUGCAAAAGUAUGUACAUUUAAGGUAUUUAGUUUGAUUCUUUUAAGUAAAAGAAAUGGUUAUUAGGUUUGCAGUAGAAGUUUCAAAGAAAUGCUUUGGAAGUCUUUUUAAUUUAUGACAGGAUCAAUUUAGGCUUCUGGAUCGAUGAUUCUUUUGUCUACAUUAAAUGUUCAACAGAUUUAUUAGCCCACCAUCAUCAGAUCGCCCUAUUCAAAUCGCCCUGCGUCCGUGGUCCGUCCGUCCGUAAACAAUUCUUGUUACCACUAUUUCUGAAAAAGUACUCGAUGGAUCUUUCUCAAAGGAGGAGUGCCAAUUUGGGCCUUCUGGCGGCCAUGACUGAUAUUUUUUAUUUUCUGUUUACUAAUUUCUUGAAGUUAGGCGGUCAAGAUAUGACAUGAAAUUAAGGUCAGUUCAAAGUCAUUCAGUAGUUAUGGAGGGGUGAAGUGGGGGUCAAAUUCAUAAUCAUAAUUAAAAAACUAAAAUAUAUUUUUUGGUUUUGUCAUCUUAAUUUUGACGUAAUGGUCCAUUUCAAAACAUUCAUUAGAAAAAAAUGACCGGAAAAAUAUGACAUUGUUGAAAAGUAGGUCACGAUAAUUAAGUGCUAUAAUUAUUAAUUAAGUCAUUGGCGAAUGCUUCUUUUUGUCUUAAUGCAUGUACAAACAACACUUUUAUCACAUACCAUGUUUUGAUUACAAAUAUUUUUGUAUAAAUGAAAGAUAAUACAACUUAACUGCUUGGCGGUUAAUUGUGAAUUUGUUUAGGUACAAUGUGACUAUUUCAGGAAAUAAAGUGAUGGUUUACUAUCAUUUUCUACAUAUGUGUAUCAUUGUUCUAUGAAGUGGAAUACAGGAACUGUUUUGGCUCA